AAAAUAUCAGUGAUUAAUCAUAUUUCAUUAAACAAUCUCUUCUUCCCUCAAUGUGUUUAUUAAGUCUUAUUAAGGAAAGGACAUUUAAUGUUUAUUGCAAUGCAUGUCAGAUAUCACCAAGCUAGCUAACAUACCAUAACUGUUACAUCGCUAACAUCAAGUUAGCCACACCCUUCAUAGCAACGAUUUUAGCAUGUUUUUGAUACACGCAUCGCUUCCGAUAUCAUUGGAUUGUAAAACAUGGGACCAAAGCAAUACAUCAUUUAAAGAUUUUAAAAAUUACUACAUGUUUUAUGGGAUUGGUGAAUGCACGUUGUAUGUCCUAGAGUCUGGACUCAACAGAUGUGAGUCUGAGGGUCAUUUGCGUUUGACGGAAGAGAGGAAUAAAAUGCUCCCCGCCAGGUUCACCGGUCAAAACAUCUGGCUGAGGAUUCACCAUGGACCCUUAUCCAACCUCCACUGCUUCUCCAGCAGUUACCAGAACAGACAGAAGAAAAUGGAGGUCUCCACUUGCAACAGGGAUUUGUGUGUUUUUAAACGACUCUUCCACAGCCAGAGAUCAUGGUUGUUACGUGCACCAGCCAGACUGGACACCACCACACUCUUUGGGAAAAGACAAUUCAGCCUGUCAGCAGCUGGCAUUGUAAACUCUGCUCCAGCUCCUGUGCAACCUUACCUAAGAUUAAUGAGAUUUGACAAACCCAUCGGAACAUGGCUGCUGUACCUGCCUUGCACGUGGAGCAUUGGCCUGGCUGCAGACCCAGGGUGCCUCCCACAUCUAGGCAUGCUCACAUUAUUUGGAACUGGGGCUCUGCUGAUGAGAGGGGCUGGCUGCACAAUCAAUGACAUGUGGGACAAGGACUUUGACAAAAAAGUUGCCAGGACAGCUACUCGGCCCCUUGCUGCAGGGGAGAUUUCUCAGAUGCAGGCCCUAACCUUUUUGGGAGGUCAGCUCUCUCUGGCUCUGGGGGUGUUGCUUUGCCUCAAUUAUUACAGCAUAGCCCUGGGAGCAGCUUCGCUAUCACUGGUAGUCACAUAUCCACUAAUGAAGAGGAUCACCUACUGGCCACAGCUUGUAUUGGGACUGACCUUUAAUUGGGGAGCACUGAUUGGUUGGUCAGCUGUCAUGGGCUCCUGUGACUGGUCGGUGUGCCUACCUCUAUAUUUCUCAGGAGUGAUGUGGACAUUAAUUUAUGACACCAUCUACGCGCAUCAGGACAAAGACGAUGAUGUCAGGGUAGGGGUCAAGUCUACAGCAUUGAGGUUCCAGGAGCAAACCAAGCCAUGGCUCAGUGGGUUCUCGGUGGCCAUGAUGUCAGGGCUGGUUUUGGCUGGACUCAAUGCAGAACAGACUCUGCCUUACUACGCAACACUACUCAUUGUGGCUAGUCACCUCUCACAUCAGAUUUACACAUUGGACAUCAACAAACCAGAGGACUGCUGGAAGAAAUUUGUCUCAAACAGAAACCUUGGACUAUUGUUGUUUUUAGGAAUAGUCUGUGGGAAUUUGUGGAAAGGAAGAAGAGACACUUUAUUGCAGAAUGACAAACUACCGGCACAAUGAACCUUUUGGAAAUAAAUGUGCAGAGGACAUUGUAGAUAUUGAGUACUACACCACCCAUUAUUUUGUAGUUCUUUUCUUUUUUGGGUGUUGUCUCAAUAAAGCUAGUGUUGGGCAAAAACA